AUGUUCAACUUCACCCCUCUUCUAGGCGCGCAGAGCUCCUCGCCAGCGUCGCAGUCGUUGCUAGAAUUCGAUGGGGGCAUACAGAUCUUGAUCGAUGUUGGUUGGGACGAGGAUUUCAGCGUAGAGAAACUCAAGGAGAUUGAGAGACAUGUCCCCACCCUGUCCUUCAUCCUGCUUACUCACGCGACCACUGCGCAUCUCGGCGCCUACGUACACUGUUGCAAGAACUUUCCUCUGUUCACGCGCAUACCCGUAUACGCGACAAACCCCGUCAUAUCCCUCGGCCGCACGCUGCUACAGGACUUGUACGAAUCCACGCCGCUUGCAUCGUCCAUCAUCCCCACCGAAGCUCUCAGCGAGUCUGCCUACUCCUUCUCCUCGGCACUCAAGGGCGGCAAGAAUCCCAACAUCCUUCUCCAAGCGCCCACGUCGCAAGAGAUUGCCGACUACUUCGCCCGCAUCAACCCCCUCCGAUACUCGCAACCGCAUCAGCCCAUCCCUUCGCCGCACUCGCCUCCACUCAAUGGCCUCACCAUCACGGCAUACAGCGCUGGACACACACUGGGCGGUUCCAUAUGGCACAUACAACAUGGCAUGGAGUCGGUCGUCUAUGCCGUCGACUGGAACCAGGCCAGGGAACACGUCCUUUCAGGAGCUGCUUGGCUGGGAGGACCUGGCACCGGCGGCGCUGAAGUCUUGGAACAGCUGCGUCGUCCAACUGCCUUGAUCUGCAGCAGCAAGAACACCAGCAUGGUAAAGGUGGCCAGGUCGCCCAACAAGCGAGACGAAGCUCUUCUCGACAUGAUUCGAGAUACCGUGGCCAAGGGCGGGACCGUCUUGAUUCCAUCAGAUUCAAGUGCCCGUAUACUUGAACUGGCAUAUCUGCUUGAGGAGACCUGGGAGCGCGAGGCAGCAGACGCCGAGAACGGCAGUGCGCUAUCAAGUGCAAAGGUCUAUCUUGCAAGUCGGACUGGUGGUGCAACCAUGCGCUAUGUACGGAGUAUGUUGGAAUGGAUGGAGGAGGGCAUUGUGAAGGAGUUUGAAGCCAGUGCUGCCGACCAAGACCGAAGGAACAAAAACGGAAAAGAAGAAGACCGAGCCAGAGUCCCGUUCGACUUCAAGCACAUAACCUUGGUCGAGCGCAAGACACGUGUGGCUCGGAUGCUGAGCGCAGCUGGACCGCGAGUGAUAUUAGCAAGCGAUGCGACGCUCGAAUGGGGAUUCUCCAAAGAUGCUCUUCGAAGCCUGGCAUCUGAUGAGAAGAACUUGGUCAUACUCACAGAAAGAGCUGGUCAGCUGGGCGCACAAAAGAAAGGUCUCGGUCGAUACCUCUGGGAGUUGUGGGAGCAGCGCAAUGCAUCACCGGGACAUGAUGCUCCUUCUAUUAGUGUAAUAGACGCCGCAGGCGAUCAAGCACCAUUCAGCACGGUACGCGCAGUCGCACUCGAAGGUGAUGAAGUCCCGCUUUAUCAGCAGUUCCUUGCCGGCCAGAGACAACGUCAGACCACCAUGGGCGGCGAUAACGCAGCAAUGCUCGAAACGUCUGCCGAUAUCGUUGAUGAUCGAUCAUCAACUGAGUCAGAGAGUUCGGAAGGCUCUGGUGACGGAUAUCGAGGAAAAGCGCUCAACGCAACCGUUGCCCUCCAACACGCGCGAAACAAACUUGGUAUGACAGACGCAGAGUUGGGCGUAAACGUACUCAUACGUCGGAAGAAUGUUUACGACUACGAAGUGCAGGGCAAGAAAGGGAAAGAGAAGAUGUUUCCGUUCCAGGCCAAGAAGCGUCGCGCGGACGACUUUGGUGAUCUUAUUCGACCCGAAGACUUCGCUCGUGCCGAAGAGGAGGACAACACUGCCGGAGAAGCUCUUCGUGGUGAAGGAACAAAGAAGGAAAAUGCUGUUGGUCAGAAGAGGAGAUGGGAUGAUUUAUUAAACAGCACCGACACCAACAAAGCCAACGCCAACCAAAAGCGCCGGAAAGACAAGGAGGUUCGAGAAGGCGAGGACGAAGAAUCGGACAGUGAACCAGAAGACGAUCUAGACAAGGUGGAGGGCCCAUCGAAAGUCAUCAUUGAGUCGGAAACUCUGGAGAUCCGGUGUCGGAUCGCCUUUGUCGACUUCUCGGGUCUGCACGAUCGCCGCACGAUCCAGCAGCUUAUCCCGCUUAUCAAACCUCGCAAGCUAAUCUUCGUGGGUGGCGAGGAAGGCGAGACUCUUGAGCUCGCCGAAAUCAGUCGAAUAGCACUGAAUGCGAACACCGAUUCUGCCAACGCCAUCGAUGUCUUCACACCCGCUGUCGGUAUCAUGAUUGACGCCAGUGUCGACACGAAUGCCUGGAGUGUCAAGCUCAGCCGCAGCAUGGUGCGCAACCUGCGCUGGCAGAAUGUUCGUGGCAUGGGCGUUGUGGCUAUCACCGGCCGCCUCGCAGCUGCAAGCCUUGAGCCCAAGGUUGAGGAAGAAGCGGAUACGCCAGCGAAGAAGAAAGCUCGACUCGAUGCCCCCGCCGUCCCCGUGUCUAGCGAUAAAAACGAUGACACACCCGUCCUUGACGUCGUUCCUACUAACAUGGCCACUGCCGUUCGAUCCGUCGCGCAACCCUUCCAUGUCGGUGAUCUUCGUCUUGCCGAUCUGAGGAAGCUCAUGAAUGCCAACGGCAUGCAAGCCGAGUUCAGAGGCGAAGGUGUACUUGUCAUCAACGGUACGGUGGCUGUGAGGAAGACGGCUACUGGUCAGAUUGAGAUUGAUGGAGGGGCUUAUGGUAAUCUGGAUCCAAGGAAUAAUGACGCUGCAACGUUCUCUAGGGUCAGGAGGCAGAUCUACGAGGGUUUGGCUGUAGUCGCUGGAGGAUGA